GUGAUCAUGGCGGAUGUGUUGAGUGUUCUUCGCCUGUACAACAUCCAGAAAAAAGAGAUCGUCGCGAAAGGGGAUGAAGUUAUCUUUGGAGAAUUCUCCUGGCCAAAAAAUGUCAAGACGAACUAUGUCAUUUGGGGAACUGGAAAGGAGGGACAACCUAAAGAGUACUACACUCUUGACUCUAUUCUAUUCUUGCUCAACAAUGUACAUCUUCCUCACCCGUCCUAUGUGCGCAGAGCUGCGACAGAGAACAUCCCUGUCGUAAGACGACCAGACAGGAAAGACCUGCUUUCAUAUCUCAAUGGAGAAAACUCAUCAUCAACGAGUAUCGACAGAAGUGCACCCAUUGAGAUUGGUCUGCAAAGGCCAACACAAGUUAAAAGAGCUGCAGAUGAAGUGUCAUCAGAGGCAAAAAAGCCACGGGUUGAGGAUGAGGAGCGAGUGCGUCUGGAUAAAGAGCGUCUGGCCGCUCGUCUGGAGGGUCAUAAGGAAAGCAUUGUGCAGACAGAUCAAAUCAGAUCGCUGUCAGAGGCCAUGUCUGUGGAGAAAAUCGCUGCUAUCAAAGCCAAGAUCAUGGCCAAGAAGCGUUCUACCAUCAAGACUGACUUGGAUGAUGACAUCACCCUGAAACAGAGAAGUUUUGUGGACGCAGAAAUGGAUGUGACCAGAGACAUUGUGAGCCGAGAGAGAGUCUGGCGGACGAGGACGACAAUUUUACAGAGCAGUGGCAAGAACUUUUCUAAAAAUAUAUUUGCUAUCCUGCAAUCGGUGAAGGCCCGGGAGGAAGGGCGAGCACCUGAACAGAGACAGACACAGAACCAAAACCAGGUGGAUCCAGCAAUACGAAAUAAACAGCCUGUCCCGGCAGCCUACAACAGAUACGAUCAGGAGCGAUUCAAAGGGAAAGAGGAAACUGAGGGAUUCAAAAUCGACACAAUGGGAACUUAUCACGGCAUGACUUUGAAGUCAGUGACGGAAGGAGCAUCUGCUAGAAAGGCCCAAACACCAGCUCUGCAGCCUGUUCCCAGACCAGUCUCACAAGCAAGACCUCCGCCCAACCAGAAGAAAGGUUCAAGAACUCCCAUUAUUAUCAUCCCUGCGGCCACAACGUCUUUAAUAACAAUGCUCAAUGCUAAGGAUCUCUUACAGGACUUGAAGUUUGUCACGUCGGAGGGCAAGAAGAAGCAGGGCAUUCAGAGAGACAAUGAGGUUCUGCUACAGAGACGGAAAGAUCAGGUGCAGCCAGGUGGUGCCACACUCACUGUCACAGUGCCCUACAGGGUGAUCGACCAGCCACUUAAACUCGCCCCACAGGACUGGGAUCGUGUAGUGGCAGUCUUUGUGCAGGGUCCUGCCUGGCAGUUCAAGGGUUGGCCAUGGCUUCUUCCUGAUGGAUCCCCCGUUGAUAUUUUUGCCAAAAUCCGAGCCUUUCACCUGAAGUACGACGAGGCACGGACAGACCCAAACGUACAGAAAUGGGACGUGACCGUGCUGGAGCUGAGCCACCAUAAGAGACAUCUGGACCGGCCUGUCUUCUUGCGCUUCUGGGAAACACUGGACAGAUACAUGGUUAAACACAAGUCAUAUCUGAGGUUCUGAGGAGAUCGCUGGCCGUCCAUCUGUCAGCUUAUCAAGACUGUCAAGAUCCUUCUAAAAACCUGCCAAGAAUGGACUACUACACCCCUGUUCCUCUCAGCCCCCUGAAAGUACUUUGCAUAUUAAUCUGCUUCACCCUCUGCUGACACCAAUAUGAUUUCUAGUCUCUUCCACCCAUAGAUUAAACUAAAGUGUCUACAGGUCAGGGUGGGCGAGAGGACAUUAUGAAGUUUGGGUUGGCCCUUUCACGUUUUCUAAGUUGAUAUGCAUUUUUCAUAUGUAAAGCAGCUGGAAAGCAGGCAGAAUCAAAAGGAAAUCAUUGGAAUCCUGUUUUCUAUGCCUUCUCGUUUGGGCUUUUGGAUAAAAGAAAACCAUUAAAUAUGAUGGCUUACUGAUAUGAAUAUAAUGACUACAAAGUCAAAAAGCUCAUGGAAUAGAUUCCCUUUUUCCCCUUUAAUUUUUGGCAAAUGUGCUUUUCUGCCUUCUGUUCUAUGAAGAGUAGUGCGUUGAGGUUCACUGCACAAAUGCAGUUAGUAAAAGUGGUACAUGUAAAUAAAGGCCUCUUGGGUUAGGAUGAGAUAUGCCUUCAUAUCGUAAUAACCUAAAACAAUACACAAAGUGUAAGGCUACAGUUCUAUAAAAAUCUGUAAGUUAGAUUUUUGAUUGUUAAAAUGCCCUGUUAUUCUAAAAUAUAUUUGAAAAGUAUGUUUUGUUUUACCAAACAUCCAAGAAGUACUGCUUGCAUGAAAUGGUCAAAAAUGCAGCUGCUUCUAUAUGGCUGAGUUAGUGAUCUGAAAGGGGACAUUUUUUUUUGGAUUGUUCUUUUUGUAUAAAUCAGUUUGGAAGUAAUGUUUGUUUAUAAACAUUUAUGUUGAAUGUGGAUUAUUAUUAAAAAAGAAAAUAAACAAAUGU